AUGAAUGAUAUAACAAUACAUAACUUAAAUUAUAACUACUACAAUCGAAUAAAAAACACAAGCACGAAAGCACUUGAUAAUGUAAACUUGUCAUUUGGAAGAGGAAUGAGAAUCGUUGUUUGCGGAAAAAACGGAGCUGGAAAAAGUACCUUACUGAGUAUUUUAGCCGGAAAAAAACUGAUAAAAGAAGAGCAAGUUUUAGUUUUCAACAGACCGGUUUUUCACGACACUGCGUUAACAAACAGAAUAGGAUUCGUGGGAGAAUGGUGGAGUGAUGAGUAUGCUAUGAACAUCACAAUAAAAGAUUUCUUUUCGCAAUAUAGUAGCUCUAAAAGAUAUAAAAUUUUACUGAAAUUAUUCGACAUUGAUGAAAAUAAAUUAAUAUCUAGUAUCUCCAAAGGAGAGAAGAAAAAAGUUCAAAUUUUGGUCAAUCUGAUUAAGAGAAAAGACAUUUACAUCUUUGAUGAAGCAACUGAAUCAUUAGAUUUGAUAUCCCGGAAACUAUUACUAGAGUUUUUGAAGAAGGAAUGUAUCAAACACAAUUGCAUUAUAAUUUAUUCUACACAUAUCUUUGAUUAUAUGGAAAAAUGGUGUAGCCAUGUUUUAUACUUGUCCAACGGAUCAGUUACUUUUUUUUCAGAUAUACACACUAUUAAGAAUGUUAAAAAUUAUACCUCAUUGGCCGAAUAUAUUUUUGAUAAUAUGAUGAAGGAAAUAAAAGAAAGGGAUAAUAUUGAUAACGUGGACGAUCUUCUGCAAAUCGAUUCUGAAUAA